AUGGAGACGACCAAUGACUCCUUUGAUCUAAUCGGUACAACUGCAACUGCACCUGAUAUUGGCAAUGAUAUUGGGCUGAUAGACAGUUUGAACCACCGAAAUGUACACAAAGCAUCCUGUGUGAGUCUAUGUGUGUCCCUGAUUCGCGCCACCACCCUGGCUUUUGUGCUCGGUGUGCUCGGGAAUGGAGUGGUUAUCUGGGUGACCAGGUUCAAGAUGAAGAAAACUGUUAACACAGUUUGGUUCCUCAACCUUGCUGUGGAUGACUUCCUCUUCACUGCAUUUUUGCCCCUGAGUGUGACUUACACAGCUUUGGAUUUCCACUGGCCUUUUGGCAACUUCAUGUGCAAGCUGAACACCACCAUCAGCUUUCUGAACAUGUUUGCCAGUGUCUACAUUCUGGUGGUGAUCAGUGUGGACAGAUGUGUGUCUGUGGUGUGGCCCGUCUGGGCUCAGAACCACCGAAAUGUACGCAGAGUAUCCUGUGUGAGUCUGUGUGUUUGGGUGGUGGCUUUGAUUCUCAGUGCUCCAUACUUCAUCUUCAGGGACGUCGGACCAUCGUACCACAAUAAGGAUAUCAUCAACUGCUUCAACAACUAUGCUCUUUCUGGUGACGAGGACACAUAUAAUGAGACUCAUCAGGCCAUGAUUAUCACGCGUUUCCUACUGGGAUUUGUUGUGCCCUUUACUGUCAUUGUCUUGUGUUAUGCUGUUAUAAUCCAUCGUCUCAGAAGAAACCGCACACUGGCCAAUCAGUCAAGUCGCCCCUUUAACAUCAUUGCUGCCAUUAUCAUCACUUUCUUUCUGUGCUGGGCUCCCUUUCACAUCAUGGGUCUAAUUGAGAUGGCAAAUCACAUGCCAGAAUAUUCAAGUGAGAUAUUAGAUGAUAUCACCAUAAUUGGGUUACCAAUAGCCACCAGUAUGGCCUUUCUCAACAGCUGCCUGAAUCCACUGCUGUAUGUGUUCAUGGGCCAGGAUUUUAAGAGUCAAGUCCACAAAUCUAUCCACAACAUCUUGGAGACUGCCUUCCAGGAAGAAGAGAAACGCUCUUAUAUCUAUACAAAUGCAACCACUCAGAACAAUAAGAAGUUAGAGUCUGACACACAGUUGUAA